CCGAUCGUCGGACUCGCCUCCGUUAGCUUUAACGAUCUCGCGGUCUCUCCCUUGCCGAUUUCUGGGAAAAUCGCCCUGAGAGAGAGAGAAAGAGUUUUCGCGUACUCGGUUGCUGCGAUAACGAUUUGAAAAACAAAAAACAAAAAAAAAACCAUGGACUAGCGCGAUUACAGUGCCGAUUUUUCCACCUACCGCGGUCGGAUCGGUCGCAGAGUAUACCGUACAAUACGUACAUUAUAUUUGUAUAGUGGUGAAACCGAGAGUAUUACCUGGCGCAAGAUGCUGCUGGUGCUACCGUUGUGCUCGGCCAACAGGGACGGCUAGUCCUCGAGUACAAAGAGCACCGGCUAGUGUCGUACUACGGACACAAAGUGUCAUCGGAGGAACGAAAGCACAAAAAAAUCGGAUCACCAUGAGGACGAUCGUUAAACGGGAGCAGCAACUACAGCCGCACUGCAGCGGGAUGAGAUCUUUGGCGCUGCUGUUGGCCGUACUGUUAGCAGUGCUCGGAGGUGCUCCUGCAACCGAGGCGAGCUCACCCUGCCCGUGGUCGUCGUCCACGUCAACGUCAACCUUGUCGCAGCAGCAGCAGGCACUGGACGACCUGGAGAGCAGCUGCACCUGCGACUACAACCUCGCCCGCGAGCUCUCCGUCCAGUGCGACGCGCUUGGGGACGCGUGGACAAAGAGCCCCGGCUUCUCCGGGUCCUCGAGGGCCAGCGUCGACUUUGACCAGCUGCUGUCCGGCCUGAGGCGGUUCGCCUCGAACGGCUCCCAGGGCGGCCGGAUCGACCUGCUCUACGUGAACAACAGCACGAUCGGGCAGCUGCGCAACGGGUCCUUCACCGGGUUGCGCAUAGCCAACCUCCAGCUAAGCGGCUGCCGGCUCAGGGCCCUAGAACCCGAAGCCCUGGCCGGGCAGGAGCCGAGCCUCCGGAGCCUCAACCUCCGCGACAACGAGCUCCAAACCGUGCCCCGCGAAGCCCUGGCUGGGCUCAAGAACCUCACCGUCCUCGACCUCUCGCGCAACAAGCUCGGCCGACUGGGCGAGGCGGCCUUCUCCGGCCACAAGCUCGUCACCCUCAAGCUCGCGGGCAACACCGAGCUCGGCCUCGAGCCCGCCACCUUCCGAGGCCUCGAGGCCAGCCUCAAGAACCUCAACCUCAUGGGCACGCGCCAGAGGAGGCUGCCCGAGGCUUUGCGUGGUUUGAGGGCCCUGGCCUUCCUCGACCUCUCGCAGAACAGCAUCCGCGAGCUCGGGGGUCCCGAUGGCUUUCAGGGCCUCACCGCGCUCACGGGGCUCAACCUCGAGCGCAACCUCAUACAGGCCAUCGGGCCCGACGCCUUUGCCGGGGUCAGCACGACCCUCAGCUCGCUCAGUCUGCUCAACAACCUCAUACCCGAGUUCCCCAGCAGCGCCGUCGCCAGUCUCAGGGAGCUCAAGGUGCUGGACAUCGGUUUCAACCUGAUGACCGAAUUGCCGGUGCGGGCGUUCGAGAACAACCCGUCGAUAACUCUGCUGGCGAUAGACGGUAAUCCGAUGUCGACGGUGCCCGAGGAGGCCUUCGCGGGACUUAACGGCACAUUGCGGGGCCUCAGUCUCGGGGGCCGGUUUCUCGUGUGCGACUGCAAGCUCAGGUGGAUCAUCGAGUGGAUACGCAGCAGGGACCUACAGGUCACGAGCCGCGAGAGCAAACCCCAGUUUUGCGGCAGCCCGCAGAGGCUCCAGGACAGGAGUUUCUACACCAUCAAACCCGAAGAGAUGGAUUGCGACCGUCAAACGGAGAUCGUGGGCAUCGGGACGGUGGAGCCCGUGGAGCCGACCGGGGCACUGCUGGACGCCAUAGAGAACGGCCAGCAGCCGCCCGCGAUAGCCCCGAGCCCCGGACCCAUCAGCAGCAGCACCUACAGGCCCAGCUCGACCUAUGAGACCAGCACGGCCGCGAGUAGCAACGGCGUGGCGACCCACACGCCGACGACCCUGAUGGCCCAGCCGAGCAGCACCAAGCGCCCGAGCAACAACGUCUUCGUCACGAGGACGAGCAUAGCCCCGAGGCCGCCCCUGGUCCAGGGCUCCCACGCGUACAGGAGCAAGGCCCACGGCAACAUUGCCAUCAAGGACGUCCUCAGGCACGACAACUCCCUCAUCAUACGCUGGGACACCGAGGCGCCCGCCCUCGGCUUCCGCGUCGUCUACAGGGCGUUUGGCGACAUGGCCUUCCAGUCCGGGGCGCCCCUUGGCAACAACGAGCGCGAGUUCAAGAUCAAGAACGUCCCUGCACCGGAGUGCCUGAUCGUGUGCGUGCUCGGGGCGGAGGAGGUGGGCUCGAUAACCCCGGCCAACGUGCCGUACAGCCAGUGCAAGGAGGUGCGGAUCGAGGCGCCCCCGGCCUCCUCGAACCUAGACCGGCUGGCCAUAGCGGGCUGCGCCAUCAUCCUCCUGACCAUCGUCCUCGUGGCGGUGGUCUUUUUGUGCGCCAAUCGCUUCAGACGGCGGGCGAGCUCCCGCAAGUUGCACACGCUCCACGAGCCGGGUGGCAAGUUACCGAUCGCCGGACUGCCGGUCAACUGUUGCUCGAGCCUCGUUGGUGGUCCAACGCCCAGUCCCGGUGGUCCCUUGCCGGGCACCCAGGCCUCCCUCAGCGCCUACAGCGUCCAAAAGGAGUGGGACCAGCUGUCGGCCUACAGCACGCGCAGCAUACCCCGGCCCCGGAUCUUUCCCGUCGAGAGACAGGCCUCGGUCACCAGGGCCUCGUGCCUCGAGGAGCCCCCCUCGCUCAAUGGCACCACCGGCCACCACCACCAUCCCAGGCCGGCACCCCACUACUUCCCCUCCGCCACCAUAGGCUCGAGCUUCGUUGGCCUUGGGACCGCCCGAGCAGAGCUCCGGCACUCGAGGCAGUCCCUGGCCGCGGCCUCGGAGCGGAUGGCUCGGGGCCCAUAUGGCUCCUCGGUCCAGUUGGCGCCCCACCACCAGAGUAGCGCCCGGAGGCAACGGCCACGCUCGCGGACCCGCGCCGGCAUGGAGCCCGGCAUGCCCCGGCCGGGUAGUCGCUACAGCCUGGCCGAGUCCACGCACACGCUCAACAACUACGACGAGGGCAACUGGACGGACCACGACAUGGACAUCUACAUGGCCCGGCCGACCCAACGCGGCGGCCUAGUGCCCAUUUGAGACUACGUUGUCGCGCGUCGAUCUCUUUUUCGGCAACGCGUCCUUGACGUUGUUGUUUUUGUUGGUGCACGAGAUUCAUGAACAAUUUCUUUUUUUUUUUUCUGUUUGUUAUCCACACUACUGCGGUACUGUUAUCCACACUUUUUUUUGUAUUUUUAUGUCAUUUUUUUUUUUUUUUCUUUUCUAAGAAUGUUCGUCUUUGCGAGUGUUUCUCGUUUGAAAUACCUAUACAUAGAAUAUUGUUAUGUAAGAUAAACCAGUUUAAAGUGCAAUAACACAACUCAUUGAGUCAGAGGCGAUCGGUUUUAUCUAUCUCUAUAGGUAUGAUGCUCCUUGAAUGUGUGAGCAAAACGGCACCGACUGAUUUAUAUUUUACGUAGGACCCCGAGCGCUUACGAAAAAAAAAAAAAAAAAAAAAAAAAAAAA